UGUCUGUCUCGCAUAACGAAACCUUCUCUUACCCUCCAUCUUGACAUCUUUUAAUUCAAAAAAUGGACGGUUUUCCCUAGCAUGUGUCCAAACUUGUUUAUUUGAUUGUGCUCAAGAGUUUUACCCGUACACGGAAAUUGCCAGAUCUGUGUAUACGACCGUGGAUCGUGGUUACCAGCUUACUACUCUGCCCAAAAGUUAACCUAACUUGAACGUAGUUAAAUACUUUAUACAUAAUUAGUACUGUUUAAAUUGUACUGUUACCGUUUGUAUUUAAAUAUGUUUUCCUGAAAUUUGUUUGUUAGACAUUCUAGAAAUACAGUGUAAUAAUUAUUAUAUAGAAUUAAAUAAUAUUUUUCUUGAAAAUAGUGAAGAAACGUCCAAUAAAAGAUUAUAUUUCACUGUACGUGCUGGAAGAGUCAAUAAUAAGUUAUUACGAUAAAGUGAAAGACAGAUAUCUUUUAUUAUCGAUUUGAUACUCACAAUAUAUGAAAAUGUAUAAACGUAAAUUUGAUGAAUUAGAAGAUAAUAAUGUUAGAAAAACACCAGUAAAAAACUCGUUAGAUUCGGAUGAAGAAGAUGAUGAUGCUAACGAGGAUAAUUAUAAUAUAAUGAGUGAUGAUGAAAUUGAAGGUGCCGAAGAUGGACCAAGUGCUCCAGAAACAAAUGUGGGGUUUACAGCAUUUAAUAUGAAAGAGGAAUUAGAAGAAGGACAUUUUGACAAACAAGGCCAUUAUCUUUGGAACAAAGAAAAAGAAAUUAGAGAUAAUUGGUUAGACAACAUUGAUUGGAUGCAGAUCAAAGCGAGUUCUACAGCAAGUGUAAAGAAGGAAAGCCAAAGCAGUAAAACACUUGGACUGGCACAUAGCGAUAGUGAAGAUGAAGAUCCAGAUAUAAUGUUCAAUCCAACUCAGGUUUAUAAACAAAUAUUGGAAUACUUACAACCUGGAGAAACUGUUUCUAAGGCUUUGUGCAGGCUUGGAAAAGGAAAAAAAAGAUUAACUACUGCAGAGAGAUGGAAAAGAAAACAGGAAAAGAAACCGAUAGAAGAUGAUCAAAAUUCUAUUAGUAUAACAAAAUUAACAGAGUUGGCAAAUGAAUUGUUAACUCGUACUGGAAAUAUGGAUAUAUAUCAAGAAAGUUACGAGCAAAUCAAAAAGAAGGUCGAGCUAGGAGAUAAACAUGCUCAUCCUUCAAAACAGGAAGCAGAAUUGGAUAUGUAUGCUGAUGAUUUUGACGUAAAAGAGAAAGCAAAAUUGGUUGAGAAUGAAAGUAAUAAUAAAGGAAUUGAUAAUUCUGAAGCAGAAGAAGCUAAAGAAGUAACAUGGGAAUUAAAAUGGUCACAAGAUGAAAAUGCAGAAGUUUAUGGUCCUCAUACAAGUGAGCAAAUGAAUGCAUGGGCAAGGGAAGGUUAUUUUAAAAGUGGAGCUUGGGUGCGAAGAACAGGACAAAAUAAUCAAUUUUAUGACGCUGCAAGAGUGGAUUUUGAACUUUAUCUGUGAUGUUUUGUUCUUGUUUGAUACCUUAUUUGAUAAAAGAACUAGUAUGUAACUGUAAUUUUUUGAUGAUAAAUACAAUGAGAAACAAUGUUUCAUGUAAUAAAAUAUAGGCUAACUACCUGUCAAUAUGUACAGUAUAAUUACAAACUUUGAUGAACACAUACUCUGGCAUUUUGAAACUAUAAUAUAACAAAUAUCAAAUUUAAAAACUGUGUUUCUCUGUAUUUGAAAAAAAAGAGUAUUAUUAGAAUAAUACCGAGUAAUAAUUCAUUCCAUAUGGCAAAAUUGUAUAAUAACAAUUGUCCAUUCUUGAUACAUAUCGCAUAAAUAAAACUAUCGUGGAAACCUA